UAAAAGAGUCCACUCAGCAACGACAACUGGUGCUGCAGUUAAUUGUGCUGUACUGUAGAUAUUGUAUAUCCAUUCAUUCAUUUAAUAAUAUGGACAACUAGUGGCAGAGACUUUAUUUCAUAAAUCUUUUAAGAAUAAGGACGAUUACAUUUUUCGGAAUGGUCAACUAUAUUUAAUAUGCUUUUUUUCCGAUGUUUAGGAAAUUACAUUUUUUUUCUGCUGUUGAAGCAGCAGAGGUGAUCUUUGUUUUACACGUUUCUAGGUGAAAGGGCACAAUUGGUUUCCCAGUUGUUUUUUCUAGUGCUGGUCUGUCAAAUAAGGUCCACGCGCAUUUUGUAUAGAUAUUUCACCUUAAACUCACCUAUUGAUAUUAUUUAUAUGUAUGUAGAUUUAAAAAAAAUACUAAGAUAUAAUUUUAGUAAGUUUUGACGGGUUUGUACAGUUUGCAGGUGCACCGGUUUAAUAUAAGUAUGGAAUACUUUGUAACUUUCACCAACCAGAGCCAAGGCAGAGACCGCAUAUUCCGAGCGGCUCAGUAUGGAUCUGCCUUGCUUAUUUAUUUAUUGAAAAACAAAUCUGGAAGACAGAAACUGAUCAAAAAGCUACAGAGCCUGGAAUCCAACAUGAGCACAGGAAGGAAGUUGUUCAGACUGGGCAACACCGUCAGUGCGAUCAAUGCAGCCAAACGCACCUUGCAUCUUGAAGACCCGGUGCUGCGUUUGUGCUUGACGGUCGCCAAUCUGAAUCGCUCCUUGUAUUUCUUGUGUGACAACAUACUGUGGGCAAGAAGUAUCGGGCUGGUUACUAACAUGGACAAGGAGAGGUGGCGUGUGCACGCCUCCCGCUGUUACUUUGUCUCCUUGCUCAUGAACCUGACCCGGGACCUGUACGGAAUCUACCAGGCAAUGGAGCGGGAGGCUCAAGAUAAGCAGUAUCGGCAGAAGGUGAGCCAGCACCGCAGUGACGGCAGAGAUGUGGCGUGCGUGGCCGUCCUGAAUCUCCAGACUCUCCUCCUGCUGCUGUAUCACAGCCUGAGAUGCAACCCGUCUAUCCUGCUGGACACGGUGAAGAAUGCGUGUGACCUCUUCAUUCCCAUGGACAGGCUCGGCAUUUAUAAAACAAACCCUGGAGUGGUGGGCUUGUGUGGACUGAUGUCCUCGAUUUUAGGAAUCCUUACACUCAUGAAACCAAGCUUCAAACUGAAGCCUUAACAUUGGAAGCAGUGAUUAGGUAUCAUGAAGCUGAAUAUCUACUGUUUGUGGUAUAGCAAAAGUUACACAGUUAUUAUUGAUAGAUGAAACGGUAGCCGUAUCAGUCCAGAGGUGAUGAAUAUGUAGAUGUGAUACCUUUUAUUGGACUAACUAAACAACAAUUAAUUCCAGGCUUUCAAGGCCUUCAAAUGUCUCUUUCUUGAGGUGAAAGUAGAUAAGAGAGAUUGUAUCACUUCUCCUUCUCUUUGUCUAUCAUCUCUGGACUGAUAUGGCUACAAUUUCAUCUAUCAAUACCAUACAGCAAAAGGUCUUUCUGUAAUGUAACAUACAGUAAACCGCUGGGAUCUUUUUCUACAGUACUGUAAAGCAUUAAGCCUAUAUACUAUAGUACAUGCUCUGCUAUAGCGGGUAUUGUAGGAAAUAAGCAGAACUGUUAUUAUGGUUCGAAGCAGGAAUUUAAAAUGAGGAAAUUUAGAAGCUACUGUAUGUUCUAAUAGCAGUUUGCAUUCCAUGGAUAUCUUCUACUGGGGGACUCUGGAAUUUAACAUGCAUAUUGUUUAUGUUGGAAAGAAAAUAAUUUGGCUAUUGUGGGCAACAAUGGGAAUAAUUUCCACUCCUGCCCUGGACUGCUGCCGUUGCCAGCCUUGGCUUUGUAUUCUGGGGCUAUUUCACACAGAUAUUCAGCAUGGAAUAUACCUCGGGUAUUCAGUUGAUUAUCUGACUUUGUUUGCUUUUAUUGUUAAGUUCAGAUUUAACAAGCGUAAUAAUUACCUUUCUUUCGGGUCUGGCCAAGCAACUGGCUUGUGAAAUAAAAACUAAUAUAAACAACAGUGUCUAGGAUAGUCCUAGACUGGAAUAGUUAACAGGUCUGAUCUGGUAUGAAUCUGGAAAUGUGAACGUUCAUUAUUAUUAGUAGUAGUACUAUUAUGUAUGUGUUUAGGAAAGCUAACAUUUGUUAAUAUGUAUUUAAUGCUGUAGAUAUCUUUAUUUUAGUGCUAGAUGCACACUUUGUCUAGUUCAAAGUUAAUUUAAGUCUAAUAAUUUUUUUUAUUUAUUUUUUUUGUGAACAAGAAAAAGUGUUCCUAACAACUUUGAGUAUAAAUGACCAAGCCUUUUUUUGGUAGUCUUUAGGACAUAAAAAUCUAACUAUGCAAGUAUUUUAAAGUAUGCAAAAUAAGCACUUCUAUCUCAAAAUAGACUUAUAUAUACUUAUUACAAUUUCUAUUAUACUGAAAGAUUGUGUGGCUAAGAUUAACUGAAAUCUAUGUAUGGUUAGAUUGCAUGG